GUACAGGUGGUGGUGGUAUGGUAUGUAGGCCUAGUAUGAGUCUACCAGGCUGUAACCAACCAGAUAGUCAAUAGCUUGGAACAUUUAUAUUUUGAAAUAGGCCGAUUGAUUUAUUAGGCGAUCACCUACGUAAGUAUACUUCUAGGGUGAUGUAUAGUAAUCUGAAAACAUAGCUGGACUGGAUGACCCAACCAGGCUGUCUUGGGUUCAUUUCUCCCACAGAGGCCUAACUUUUGAAUUUGGCGCUGAUGGUGACGUUUUGAGCGGAUGCUUAAUGUUUCGUCAUGAUGAAUCACGUAACUGUAUGCCUACGGCUUGUCAAGGAAUCCUACUGCAUGACCUGAGUUAGCGAUUCAAUCACCAGCUGUCUGGUGUAAUUUCAGAUACAUAUUUAUAGCGUUUUGUUAACAAAUAGAUGACAAGCGAGGCGCUUUGAAACAAGAAUCGAUUGAGAAGCAUUAUGAGAAGCAGUGUGUUACGAACUAUCGGCAGUACCAUUACAUGUGUGUUGGUUGGUGGUGGUGUAUUGAGCGCCGUUGCUGGGUGUACAGAAAAUACAAGAUCGACAUCUAAGAUGGGGGUAGAUUAUACUGCAGAAUCUAACGAUGUUUCUGAACGAGUUUGGAAACUUUAUAAAUCAACUGAGUGGAAAGAAGCAAAAGUGUCUAAGGAUUCGGCAGAUCUCACACGGAAAGAAGUAAAAGUUUCUUACAAGAAAUCUACGGAAUUCGAUGGCCAUGCGUAUCGAGCAGAAUGUACAAUUGAGGCUCCUCCAGAAAAGAUCAUUAAUUUCCUGUUGCCAUGUCCGAAAGGUCAAAGGGGUAAAUGGGACAAGAGCGUCAAGGAAUCGUCCAUCGUAGAAAAUAUAAAUGAGGAUCUUCUUGUGUCACGGACUGCCACACACAGUGCUGCCAUGGGCCUUAUUUCCUCCAGAGAAUUCUGUGACUUGAUCUUGAUUAAGAAGUAUGCUGGUGGUAUUCUCAGUACCAACUCCAAGAGUAUAUCCCACAGUGACUGUCCCCCAAGAGACGGGUGCGUCAGGGGGUUUAACCACCCUGGUGGAACAUUCUGCAUCCCACAGAGUGAUGGAAGUACGAAAGUCGUUAACAUAGUUCAAACUGAGCUUGGUGGUAUGUUGCCGACAUCCCUGGUGGAAUCAGCCGUGCCAAGCAGUCUAAUCAACUUCUUCGUAGAUUUAGAACAAGCGGUAAAAGCGAGUAGUUCAUAACAUGAGACGGUGAAAACAAAUGGCUAAUAACAUAAGGCAGUGUAAACAAGUGGCUCAUAACAUAACAGAUGGUGAAAACAAGCGGCUUCUAACAUAACAAAAGGUGAAAACAAGCAGCUUAUAGAGAAGAAAUCAACAGUCUUACGGUGCUCUAAUAUUUUCCAGUUCCUGCACAGAUAUAGAUCUUAAGUUUCUUUAAUUCUCAUGUUUUCAUAAUUUAAACAAAAGCUAUUGGACAAUUAAUAAUAUCCUAUGGAGAUUAUAUAUUGAUAGAUGUAGAAUUAUAAUAGCUUGACAUUUAUCAAAAAGAAAGUUCAGUCCAAGUGGAAAUGUCAGACCACAAUAUUUAUAUACUAUAAUGUCAAAUAUCAAAAGGAAAGGAUGAUGAACGUUUUUUUUAUGUGAUGUGUAGAUGGAUGGAUUUUCUUAUCAAGUAAACAUGUUUUGUUUCAUUUGUAAUGUUAAGUUGAUAUGUAUGUUUCCUGAGUUUGAGGUUAUCAAAAUUAAUGAUCACUAGUUUCUGGAUGUCUCACCCUACAGUAAUUGAAUAUGGUUUUAUCAAAUAAAUGAAUAAUAGUAAUAAUUAACUACUUUAUUAAGUACCCAUGCAUCCGUUGGGACCUCCUUUGAAUUUUUGUACUGGUUUCCUUGAUAAGAAAAUCCAUUCUAACAAUUGCCCCAGGAUAUGCUCAUUUUGCUUUUAUUUUCCCCCAAUUUUUGCUCUACUAAAUCUUACAAAGACUCUAUCGUCCUUGAUAAACCUGAAACUUUCUUUACUAAUUUGGUGACCAUCUAAAUUUCUAAUUGCUUUUAUAUAAUAAUAACUGUUAUAUAGCUUUUUGAAAACAGUGAUGAUAUCUUUUGGUUUCCUAUGUAAUAGUACAAAGCCACUUGUCCGUCCUUGUUCCCUUGCCCAGUUCCGCACCCCAUUUACCCCACAUUAGCUCAGCUAUACUGGUUCUUCAUCUCCAGUUCCCCUGCCGUAGUACCCCAUCCAAGUUUCCUGCCGCUGUACACAUUCGCAGAAUGUCUGUGUGUUACUACGAUCCUUAUGUGCUUUAUAGACAUGCUUUAGUGUUGUAAGCCUAUGGUUGGCUGGUGCUUAUAAUGGUAAGAUGUCAUUGGUGUGCUUAAGCCUUAUUGUAUCCUGUGGUAUCUUAAAGUUAAUCAUGCUUACAUUGACUUAACAUAUUGGAAAUAAUGUACACACAAAGCCCAGAGUCCAAACUAUCAAAUAUUAUUUUAAAAAGAAAAAAUGUGACAUGCCUAAAUAUGGUCAUAAUGAUAUCACAUGACCAUAUACAGGCUUCAUUUUGUUUCGUUUUAUUUGGCAUUACAUUAAAAUAUAAAGUACAAAAAAUAUCAAAAUAGGAAGAUACAAUAGCAAAAAAGUCAAAAGUUGCAAUAAAAUACUUCAUCAAAAAUAUAUUUGAGUUACCUCGAACAUCAUAUACCACGUAAAAAAUUGAUGUUAACAAACAGAUAUUAAUCCAGGAUAACCCGUGAAAGUUCUGAAGAACUUGUUUCCAACGGGGUCCAAAAAUAUCACAUGAAAACAAAAACGGAGACAGACAAAAGAAGUGGUAUAUGAUGUACAAGAUAAAACUUUUUUUUUUAUUGGCAUAUAAUGACUAUAUAUAACCACCAUAUAAGUAUACCACCAUUUUUAAUUACUGAUAUAUUAUUUACUAGUGAAUGAUUGGCUGGCUCUGAAAUGAAAUUUAAAAGCUUUUAUACACAUAACAGUAACCAAAUUGGUUAUUUAGACAAAGUUUUUUUUUCUGUAUUUUUAAACUAGCUGCAUGAUAUAUUUUGUGUAAAUCCUCAUACUGUAUAUAAUUUCCACCAUUUAAAUAUAUAAAUAUUCAAAAACAUGUAUGAAUAUUCAACAACAUAUAUAUGAAUAUUUAAACUUUCUAACAAAUUGUAGGCCAUAUUAUAAAGGCAGAUAUUGUAAAUAUAAUUAAAAGAUGCGCUAGCUAUUGAAUAAGAAAAAGCUAAAUGUAUAUGUUAAAAGACUAAUGUGCAUUCCCUCCUUGGUAACGCCAGUGCCGAUUGUACAAAGAAAAUUUGUUCAGCUGUGCUUGCUAAUAAAUUAAAAAGUGCUAAAAUU